CCCGCCGUCCUGAGCUCGGGGCUCCGCGCGGUCCGGGGAGGCCGCCCUCCCGUGUCCGCGGCCGCGCGGGGAGCCGGGCGGCGAGAGGCGGCGCAGAGCCCGGAGGCCGCGAGUCCGCUCCCGCCGCCGCCCGCGAUGCUGCUUUCCAAGUUCGGCUCCCUGGCGCACCUCUGCGGGCCGGGCGGCGUGGACCACCUCCCGGUGAAGAUCCUGCAGCCAGCCAAGGCGGACAAGGAGAGCUUCGAGAAGGUGUACCAAGUCGGCGCCGUGCUGGGCAGCGGCGGCUUCGGCACGGUUUACGCGGGCAGCCGCAUCGCCGACGGGCUCCCGGUGGCUGUGAAGCACGUGGUGAAGGAGCGGGUGACCGAGUGGGGCAGCAUCGGCGGCGCGGCCGUGCCCCUCGAGGUGGUGCUGCUGCGCAAGGUGGGCGCGGCGGGCGGCGCGCGCGGCGUCAUCCGCCUGCUGGACUGGUUUGAGCGGCCCGACGGCUUCCUGCUGGUGCUCGAGCGGCCCGAGCCGGCCCAGGACCUCUUCGACUUCAUCACGGAGCGCGGCGCGCUCGAUGAGCCCCUGGCGCGCCGCUUCUUCGCGCAGGUGCUAGCCGCCGUGCGCCACUGCCACGGCUGCGGGGUCGUGCACCGCGACAUCAAGGACGAGAACCUGCUCGUGGACCUGCGCUCGGGCGAGCUCAAGCUCAUUGACUUCGGCUCGGGCGCCCUGCUCAAGGACACGGUCUACACCGACUUUGACGGCACCCGAGUGUACAGCCCACCGGAGUGGAUCCGCUACCACCGCUACCACGGGCGCUCGGCCACCGUGUGGUCUCUGGGCGUGCUGCUGUACGACAUGGUGUGUGGGGACAUUCCCUUUGAGCAGGACGAGGAGAUUCUUCGGGGCCGCCUCUUUUUCCGGAGGAGGGUCUCCCCAGAGUGUCAGCAGCUCAUUCAGUGGUGUCUGUCCCUGCGGCCCUCAGAGCGGCCCUCGCUGGACCAGAUCUGCGCCCACCCUUGGAUGCUGGGAGCAGACGGGGGCACCCCGGAGAGCUGCGACCUGCGGCUCUGCGCCCUGGACGCGGAGGACGGGGCCAGCACCACCUCCAGCAGCGAGAGCUUGUGAGGCCGGGCCUGGCCUGGCUUGUGGGAGCCAGAAGGACCGCCUUCCCCAGCCCAGCUCUGCGAGAGACCGCAGACGACUCUGCUUGGCCGCCUGCUCCUUGCGAAAGCAGUGAUCUCUGACCCCUGGUGACCUUUGCCUCGGGCACUGGGCUGUUUCCUUUGCUUUGAGUGCCUUUUCGAACGCUGCUCUCACGGACUUGGUUUCUCAAGCUCUGUCGUCCAAAGACGCUCCCCUCAAGUGAGGUUCCACCUGCCUUGGGCGGGUGCUUAGACCCAAGACUGUCCCUCUCCUGUGCUCCAGGAGGCAGCCCUGCCGGCCCUCAGCGCCUCCCUGUGUGACAGUGUUGGACCCGGAGCACUCCCAUGUCCUGUGGCCUCAUCUCCCCGGGGACACCUCCCCGACCCGCCCUGGUCUCUCAGUCUUCGUCUGGGCGUGUCCAUGCACAAGCAAUGCAACGUUCAGGCCUCUGCUGCCCGCAUGCACACUGUGUGCGUGCGGACGUCUGUUAUUUAUGGUGUGACUUCCGCAGAGGGCUAUUUAUUGUUAAUUUAUUUGUUGGGGUUCCUGCCUCCCAGCAGCCCCACCUCCCCCAGGCCCGGGGGGCGGAGAGUGCUGUGGACCCAGGCCCCCACCUGUGUCUGUCGGAAGAUGGACUUGUACAGUGGCUAAUUUAAAGGGAGUUGGUGAUGCCGCCACUUCAAGGCUGUGUGCCCUAGGGGGCGGGUUUUAAAUUAUUGACCUUGUACAGUCUGCUUGUUGGCUCUGGAAGCUGGGGGGUAGGGGGGACAGAGUCUCAAGCCUUUAAUUUAUUUUAGCAGCUGUGUUCCUAUGAUCCGGGUGUGUAGACAUCGCAGCUGGGGGUUUCUCUCAGCUCAAGAGUGAGAUGUCUGGAGAUCAUAUUUUUUUAUAUGGUAUUUCAAUUAAAUUGUUUUGUAUAUAA